GGUACGGUUCUUGUUUGGUCGAACAUGGUCACGGGGGACGACAAGACGACAAGAGGCUUCGGCCUCAAGAAGCACCUCUUCCGGGUCUCCAGGUGGGUCGCGGGCCGGGCCCGAGGCCCCUCCCGGGAGUACUGCCGCCUCGGCCUGUCACCGUCGGGGCCAUGCGCGACCGACUCCGUGUCGGAGCUCCUCUCCUGGUGCUGCCGCCUGACAAGCAGGAGGGCCGGGUUUUCGCGCUCGGGCAGGCCCAUCGAGGCGGGCGACAUGCCCGUGGGUCAAGACCUGGUCGAGGAAGGACCGCCGGCAGCGGUGCCUAAGGGCCACUUGGCCGUGUACGUGGGUCGAAGAAGCGGCGAAUUCCGCCGAGUUCUAGUGCCCGUGGUUGACUUCAAUCACCCGAUGUUCGGGAACUUGUUGAGAGAAGCCGGGGAGGAGUUUGGGUUUAGUCACCGAGGAGGAGGGAUCACUAUCCCUUGCGAGGUUUCGGAGUUCGAGAGAGUGAAGAGCCGGGUAGCCGCCGCGGGCUACGGCGGCCGGAGGAGCGCUCGGAAGAAGAAGCACCUAUGAGGAAGGAUUUGUCGACUUUGAGCAUCAAAGUUCAAAUUUUUUUUUGAAAUUUCUUAAUCUUUACACCUCAAUAAUCACAUUGUGGGA